GUAGCUCUAAGAAGAUUGGAAAAUUACUCGACAGCAUCACGAAACUGAAAGCUUACGAGUUGUUAAUGGCUUAUAAUCGAAGAAAAUUGAUUUUAUUCAGAUCUGGCAACCCUCAUCGGCGUGGGUCGCGGUGCGUAUUUUGUUAGCGUGGGUUGAUUGUUUUAUUUUAGAUUUUUAUCAAUAAUUUCUCAUGGAAAAUAGUUCUGCAGAAGUGAAAUAAAAUUACGGGACGCAUUAUGGUAAAAGACUGGGCCAGAAGACAAAACAGAACUUAAUAUAUAACUGUACGCAGUGAAUAGCACCAUGUCGCAACAGUACAGCCUGCGAUGGAACAACCACCAGCCUAACUUCAUAUCCAUGUUUACGACUCUUCUAAACACGCAGACUCUGGUGGACGUGACCCUCGCUGCUGAAGGGAAGCACCUGCAGGCACACAAGGUAGUGCUGUCGGCAUGCAGCACAUACUUUCAGGCAUUAUUCGUGGAUAACCCGUCCCGUCACCCGAUAGUUAUCUUAAAGGAUGUCACGUUCGCUGACCUGCGGACGAUGGUCGACUUCAUGUAUUACGGCGAAGUUAAUGUCACCGAAGAACAGCUACCACAGGUGCUGGACACUGCUAAGCUGCUGAAGAUUAAAGGUUUGACUGAAAUGCCGGACUCUACGUCGUUGACCCGAUCUCAAGGAACAUCCGCUGACUUCCAAUCGCCCGGAGAGUCCGUGGACUCGCAGCGGCACUCGGCUUCGCCCGCGUCGUCGCCCUCCAACAAACGGAAACGUUUUGUGCGCAGGAAAAGUUCGACGGGUUCCACAUCACUGAACAUGGUGAUGGGCGAGGAACACCGGUCCGAAGAAGCACAUAAUAUCGACAUGAUGAGGGAGAGCAUCACUCUGAGCAGCGUGCCCCAGCAACGCAGGCGGGACUACCAUGACGACAGAACCGUCGAAAAUUCACAACAGACAACAGACCAGCAGAACAUGAAUAUAGAUCAAGUCGGGAUGGACGCGAACACGGGAGGCAUCCAGCAAGAAUCGAUAAAAGUGGACCCAGGACUGAAGCUCCGACGAUCGAAACACUUUAAGCGCCAGAACAGAGUAGCCGACGACCGCGACAUGCGCAAACAGUGUUCCGAGCCGGCCGUCUCGACACCGCCGCUGCCCGUGUUGCAGAAGCACGAAUCUUACCCGCAAUACGCUACCAAGAACCGAAGAUCGAAGCCGCAGGAACGCGAAGUCGGUUCGUUGUUGAUUCGCGCCGUGACCGUGAUCGACCGUCAGUCGUCGGGCGGCCCGUCGGCGGCGGCGGCCUCGUCGGAGUCCGGGGGCGAGUGCGUGACGACGCAGCGCGCCCGCCACACGCCCGCCGUCCGCUCCGGGCCGCCGCUCAGCUGCAACUUCUGCUGGAACACGGUGGACGAGUGCGGCCGGAUCCUGCGCCGGAAGACGCAGUACCACUGCCCGGAGUGCCGCACCAACCUCUGCAUAGUGCCCUGCUUCCACGAGUACCACGACAACCCCGACGCGGAGCCGGGUGCCGGCGCCAGAUGAACGCUCCCCUCUGCCAUACUAAUACGUUUUAAGCGCACGCCAACGGCUAAACGCUCACGUGCGAACUCAAUUAAGACGACACAUCGUCGUUGUCAAACCAAAAUCUGAUAUGUGCACUUUUAAAGUAAUUAUUACAUCGUCUCAAACUUUUUCGUCUGUGUGUUGCAUGUCGCGUGACGGUCGGCCGCGGAGUAGGGAUAAACUAAAAGGCGCUCGUCAGAGCAGCCAAGGCCAAUAUGGCGGCGCCUAUAGUUCGCAGCAGCUGAACGUGUAGUUUAUAAACUAUAUACGCUAUUUUGUUUGUUUUUGUCAGUGUUUAAUGUAAAUGUCGUUUGUCAGAGUUAAAUGACUGUAAUGUGAAAAAAAAGUUUCACUUUUACCGUGGUUUCAUAGAACCACACAAUCCUUUUUGAGAUUUUUACUUUUUGACCUUUUUAUAUAGUUCAGAGCCCUAUCUACCGUAUAAAAAAAAUUGUUAUGUAUCUAUAGCUUUAAUAUUUAUCUAUAGCUUUCAUUUGAUAUAGUUCUUAAAAAUUCACCUUCAUAUAAAAUUAUAUACGUAAAUGUUUAUACUCGUUAAUUCAAAAUAGAGUUUUUGCACAUAGCAGAUUUUGGUUUGACACUGACGAUAUACUAAAGAAAUAAAUAUAUAUAUAUAUACAGUAAAAGCUCUUUAUUCGCUGGAUAUGUGUUCCUUAAAUAUGCCGCGAAUACAGAAACCAUGAAUAUGGAAUGGUAUUUACAUAGGUAUAGGGGUCGUUCGUAGGCAACAAAAUAACAAACAAGUACAUGUAUAUAUACAAAAAUGAACGCCGAAGGCGGCUUGUAUCAAAGGCGAACCAAUACAGCGGCGACAUCAUUUAAGAACAUACUUUAGGCAUAGUCGUAAUAAGGUCUAUUUUACUUUUUUAUUGGUCCAUUUGACGAUGCGUUUUCAAGUAUUCGGUUGAAUCAAUGUGUGUGUACCGCGAAUGAAGAAAUAUAUAGCCGCGAAUAUAGAAAUUGGAUUGCAUUUUUUAAUCCGCGAAUAGUGAAAACGCGAAUAAGGAGCUUUUGCUAUAUACAUUUAAAAAAAGAAUUGAGUUCCGUCGUGAUCUGACCUUUAGCUGGAUCUUUAGAAUGUUAAUUGUUAAGUUUGUAAAUAUGUUUAUUGAAUGUAACAUUAUUUCUAAGUAUAUUUUCUAAGUAAAUUUUUGGGCUUAUAUUCAGUACCCGUGAUCCUGUUUUUUAUGAAGAUUUUACACACAAAUGUUAUGAAAUAUUUAAUUGUAUUUACACUAUAAUAACGAUUAGCGCGUAGUCAAGUUUUUUAUUACGAGGAGAAUUCGAUGUAUCUAUAUGUAUAAUUAAUGCCUACUACCUUAUAUAUGUCUUUUCGCAUUAAAAGUGUACAAUUUCCACAAAUAUUCGAAAUUGAGUUAAUAUGCAUAACCAUUUGAUAUCACCAGUAUUUUUCUCAUAAAUACUGUCAAAAGAGCGUAGUUUAGUUUUAGAUAUAUUUUUUUAGUUUACCUAUGUUUUGACUUCUAUUAACAAAAUUAAUACAUAAUUUUAUCUUACUUGAAAAGACAGAUAAUGUAACUGGUAAAAAAUAAUAAAUAAACGUUGCAAAGAUGAUUAAUAUUAUAAAUAUUACAUGUUAAACCUUUAAAACGCUCUCCUGUAAAAUUAAUAAGUUUGGAGAUUAUACAGUUUUAAUGCGAGAAGACGAUUAUAUCAUACGUUUAACAAUGUGAUUUGAUUACGGAUGUUGCAAUAUUUUUCACCUUGUUACAGUGAUACGUCUUGUGAUAUUGUAGUGUGAACUCUAACGAAAUGUUAAUGUGCACGCGAGCGUAGUACGUAACGUGCGGCGAUAAAACACGCAUAAAUAAAUAGAUAGCACAUAAUUUUUAUCGGAUAUACUUACAUAUAUUUACAAAAAGUUGACUCUAGUUUGUAAAGUUGUAAAGCGAACCUCUAAAACACGAGCUGCAAUUUAAAAAAAAACUUUAUAAAUAUAAAAUAAUAAAUAAAUAAAUAAAUUUUGUAAUAUAUUCGUCUAGUUCUACGAGCUUCAAUUAAAUUGAUGUUUCGAUUCAAUUAGCCUGUUUUGUAUUUAAGGUAACGUAAACUAAAGCAAUAAGGGUUAAUUAUCUUUUAUUUUUUUUAAAACAUGUAUAUUGUAUUUUCAUAAAAAUAUUUACAGGUAUUCAUAUUAGUACCUCAUCGAUUGUAAUGUGAACUUCACGAUCUUAUUGACCUCGUUUUAAAUUGUAACUGUGAUUUGUCUAUGGAAUUGAAGGAAACGGCAAAGCACCGAAGUCUCCUAUUUCGUAAUCAUAUACAAAAAAAAUUAUAAUACGCGCGUAUUUGUUCUAUCUGUUUUAGAAAUAUCAGUCUGUAGAAAUUGCGACCUGCCAUUUUUGUGGCGGGUUGCAAUUUGGCUAUAUCUGUAUAAAAAAAUUGUGAAUUACUUGAUAUUUAUAUUACUUGGCACUUCCAAAGUACAAUAUACCAAUAUCUAUAAGAAAAAUAGGCUUAGCGAAUUUCAUCUUGGUGGAAGUUCACACAUCAUGAUAAUAUAUGUGUUUGCCAGUUCGAUUACAUUCACACGUAAAAGGAGGUAUUUAUUCGAAUAUUUAUGCAGAACCACAUUGAAAUCAGUUUUGAAAUGAGGCAGUAGUUAAUGAUACAAAUAUGUGUUGAAGAAUAGUGAUCUAGAAGGUAAGUCUAGCUGUCACUGUCUCACGCCCGUAUCGCAAUGGCUAUGACGUCAUAAGACUGAUUUAAAAAUUCUUACCCGAAAAGUUCGAGUGAAAUCUAACUCGACUAUAUCUGAAAGUGUUUGUAAAACAUACUUUUGGGUAGAAUAAUACCAUGAAAACAAUGUUGCCAUAUAUGUGCAACACUAAACCUCGGUAAUGACAAAAGUGUAGGGUAGGUACAUGAAAAUAUUAGUCGACUUUGAAGCUGUUUAUUGAAACGAAAAUAUAUAACGAUAUAUUUCGUAAAAUUUUUAAUGUAAGAAAAAAAAUCAAUUUAUUAUAGGAAGUAUGUAUUUAAAUUUAUCUUUUUCUAUAAAUAAAAAUGAAAGUUUGUGUGAUUGUCGUCCAUGCGUCCUAAGUGAUUCAUCGAUUUGUGUUGUUGUCGUUAAGGAAGGUUUCUGUCGCAGUGCCACCGUCAUACGCGUGAAAAGCUUCAAGAAAUUGUUGUUUCUCAUAAAAUCAAUGAGGUUCACGGCGGACCUUAACCAGGCUUCACUAUUUUAUAACAAAGAACAACCAUUCAUUGGGCAUGAGUUGAAAACACAUACGCACAAAACAUUUGUGAGCUGUCACUCAUAUUCUCCCCUCCUUUCUUGUAUUUUCAAAUUUUAAUAAAAUGCUUCUUUUUUUUUUCUUCCUAUGCUGAUAGCCUUGAGUGGCUAUUUCAGCUUAGAAAAUGCUGAAAACGUUCGUAUUCAUGCCGCAGUACAAGCGCCAUCUAGAGGCCGCUUUGGUCAUACAUACUGAUAGCUGAGACGCUAGACGUCAGAAAUGCAUCAACUAUCCUAUUUAUAAGAAAACUAGCUGUACCCGUCCGCUUCGCUGGACAUUUAAAAUUAACAUUUUUAUUUCUCACCCCACAAAGAUUCUCAUCAUCAACGCCCCCGCAACGUGUAGGGAGUCCAACACUCAUAUAAAUAUUAGCCUAUCCAUUAAGUACAUGUGUUUUCUACAUGGAUAUCAAGUUUCAAGUCAAUCGGAUGCAUGGUUCAGUAGUUAUAAGGGAACAUCCGUAAAAGCCACUGGUAGAUACCUACCUACCUAUAUAUAUUAGUAUAUAUGCUCUGUAUAAAAUAUUAAAUUUAGAAUUUUAACAGUAAUUGAUUUCCGUGUCACAAUAUUUAGACAGCAUAAGGAUUUAAGGAAAGUUAUUUGCUGAGUAAGUGUAUAGCGUAGUGAUUUUAAAGCACUUAAUGCAAUGAUAUGCCAGGCCCCUCGGUUUGUUGGUGUCUGUAGCAUUUUGGGUGAGUUGCACAAGCACUUGUCUUGGAAAUAAAUGCAUCCGGUUUAAUUGUGUAAAUGACCAAAAAAAAGCUUUCAAGAAAGAUGAAUCCAAUACAAAAGGUAUGUUAUUAAUUUUUUGGCAACGGAGAAAACAUGAUCCUACAACAAGGUGUUAUCAUAUUAAUUGAGACAGUGCUUACGUAAGUAGUAAUACCUUUUGAAUUUAUCGAUGAAUAAGUAGGUAUGAGUUGAAAAAAAAAAACAGUUUCCAUUCGUUUUCAAAAAGAUAAUGAGUUAACAAUAUCCUGGGAAGAGCAUGAUGUUCCGAGUGAACAUUGUGGUUUUACGCUUUAAUAACAGAAGCUACGAGCGUGACCAGUAUGGUAUGUUAAAAACCUUCCAGAGAAGUCCUAUCGGAUUUGUGAAAAGUCGUUUUAAUAUCAUUACUACAUUGGAAGUUUCUGUUUCUAAGAUUGAGCAGACAAUUCUUAACGGAAAUAGUUUGAAAUUAUAAAAUUAAAUGUAGAAAAUGGUACAGCUUGUUGUAGAGCUUUGUGUACUCUGAAUACACGCUCCCAUACCAAUGGUUGGAAAUAAGAUGAGAAAAUCACUUUGUUUAAAACCCCGUGCGUAUAAUAUUUACAUAAAGCGUCCUCCAAAUUGCCGUCUGGCUUAUAAUUGAGUUGCACGUCUCCCCUAGCAACGCCGCCCUCAAAUUCACAACCCUUCGACAGACCCCUCGUCACAAUAUAUACACACGUAUAACAUAUGCCUAUUUUGUUAUUAAAUUGCACGUAUAAAGGGUGUCACACAUGGCGAAGAUACUAUAAUAUUUUAUCGAUAUAUGGUUAUAGUUCAUACAAAAUGUAUAGCGAGCGAUAUUGUAUGUAACCCUUAAAUGAACAAUGUUGUUUUUAAACAACAUACUAAACAUCACAGAUAAAAUUGACCUUCUUUUAAUUUUUUGUUAAUUUUGACAACUAGUUCUUAUUUCUGAAAGAAUUUUGAAAAAAAGUAUAGUAAAUUCAUGUCUAGAUUUUUUUACUCAUUUUUCCUAGACAGUAAUACAUGUCUAUUACACAAAUAUAUUUUUUUAAAACGUGAAACAAAAAUCGUCCAUUUAAGGAUAAAAUAUUAUAGUAUCUUGGCCGUGUGUGACGCCCUUUAUGCUCUUGAACGAGGAUAGCCCGGUCGGUUCGCUUUUGGAAAUUCAUUCGUUUCAUUUUCUUUCGUCUUUCAAUUAGACUACAAAACACACUUUAAAAUAUUUAGUUCGCAUCGAAGCAGUUGAAGACUGAUGAAACAAUGAAUAGCUUAAAUAUACGCUUAAGAAAGCGUAGGUGCGUAAUGCAAAUAUCUCACUGUCUCGUCUCGUCUGUAAGUGAAUUUGCAAUUUGAUUUUCUUUUAAUUUCACCAAUCUGGCCCCUCACAAUCUCGAAAGGUUUGGAAGUGACAAAUUUAUCAACGGUUUCUUUUGUUUCGAUUUUAGAGUUUAUUGUAAUCUAAAGCACAUAAAUUAUGAAAAAAUACCUUUUUAUAUGUGCCGCGUACAACUGCUCAAUGCGUUGGGGUAACUGAACACUAGAAAGAAACUGGAGUGUAUUUUUUUUUUUCACAAACGAAUAUUUCACUCUAGGAAGCUCCACAACCACUUGACAACACAAUGUCAUUUAUUAUACGAAACCGUAUACAGCAGAUUUAUAGUAUACAGUAUCGUCAUCAACCCAGAAAUGUCCGGUGUUGAGACAUAGGCCUCUCUUAAGGCACGUUUUAAUUACCUAUAGGCCUGCACCCCCGACUUUCAGCAGUUUGUUAAUUUUGCGGGAGGCCUACCCAUGCUUGCUAUGUAUUUUUAUCUAUGAGGAUGGUGCUUCGCGACACGCAUUAUCCUCGUGUGUUAGACUAUGCUCAUAUUGUGCCAGUACGUAUUGUGAGCCCACAAGUACCACUGUCUUGCCUGUUUUAGUCGUGAAGCAAACGUUAAUCGAGGAAUGCGAUGAAUAAUAAUCAAAAGUAAUGCGUCCUACAUUUGUGUUUCAUGGGUGCGGUAUAAUACUAUAUUCAGUAUAUGUAGUACUAUAUUCGGUGUAAUAUAUAUUCAGCAAAUAUUACAGUGAGCGUGUGGGCGCGAUAACACAUCUAAACUAUUAAAAUCUAUUUAUAAAAAUUGCACGUAGAAAAUAAUAUACAAAAUUGAUCUGCACUCGAAAUUGUGAUAUGUCGCAUCUUUGUAUCGCUUCAAUGAACCGUUUGUAAAAAUAUUUAGUAGGUACAAGAUGUUUAAUGUAAAUUUUAAGAUAGAAAAUAUAUCAGUUUUUUAAAACGUUGCUAGUUAUAUCUUAACCUCUAGUAGAUAAUUUAGAUUUUAAUGAAAUAGAACAAUUGUUUUAAUACUUAUUAAAUAAUAAUAUGUUCAUUUUGUAUGAAUAUAUAACACACAGGUGUAAUUAUCAGUCUUCUGGUAAUUUCCCUUUUAAGUAAUAUAAUACCUAAUAUUACGUAUUAUUCAAUAUGAAACUCUGUCUUAUAUUACUUGUUCUUAAUAAUUUGCGAUAUGUAUUUCUUCCGCUUUGUUUCAAUAUUAUAAGCUAAAAUUAUUUAUUUUAAAAUAGUGUUUGCCAAAUAUUUUGUUUAAAAAAAUUACGGACCGUUCGAUUAUCAGAAAUAAUAAUAUUUGUUCCCAGCUGCUUCAAAAAGUAGUGAGGCAGUUCUAGUGCACAAUUUAUGUAUGCGCUGUCCUGUGACACUCGCAGCGUUAGGUGUGGUUUCGCUAGAUUCAUCCUAGUAAAAAAGUAGAGCGGUGUGACGUAAUAAUGUAAAUUGUUUCAAUUUACGUCUGAAACUUUAAUUUUGGGAGCAUACUUUAAUAAUAUAGUGCGUUUCACAUAUUUUUUAUAUGAUAAACUCUGAUAUUCUCUUGUUCUUUAUCUGUAAGUCUUGCUUAUUAUGUUUUUUUUUAAGUUUUAUUUUAAUAACAUAUUGGUCUCAAAUACAAUUGAAGUAAUUCAACUAAAGGAAAUUUUUAUGUAUGUUGUACCUUAUAAGAGUUUAACAUUAUGUUCUAAGCCACCGUGCUAAUGUUUUCGAAUUACAAAAUAAUGUUAUUAACUGAACGCUUGUUUAAUAAUAUUCUGUCAUUGAAUUUGGGACAAAUUCAUAAAAUCGUUUCAAUUAUUUCAUAAAAUUGUCACGGUUAUUAAGCUAGUUUUUUCUGGUCUAAGUUUAAUUUCUUUAUAUUAUUAUUCCAGUGUUUUUUUAUUUUAAAUAUUAUUAUGGUUAUAACUGUAUCACGUAAAAUAAAAAUUUAAUUAUCAUUAAUAUUCGAGUCUAAUUUUAAGCACAAAACAAGUUGUUCUAUGCUUUUUGUUUUCGAAAGAAUACCAACCAAAAAUAUUAAGGUUAUUAUCUUUAAGACCUUUGCUCUCUGUGUGCUAAGUAUUUAAUAUAUCGUCCACUUGGCAAAAA